AUUGGGUGGUGCUGUGUUCAACACCUGUGCUCAACUGGGCACGUCAAUCGGUCUCACAAUCACUUCUGUGAUUUCAGAUUCAAGAACUGCUGCUUCAGGAGCAGAGGACAAGAGCAGUCCUCAGGCACUAAUGACGGGCUACAGAGCGGUGUUCUGGGCUCUGUUUGCUUGGAUGAUUGUCGUGUUGGCGGCGGGUGUCGGUGGAUUGAGAAAGGUGGGCAAGAUCGGUGUCAAGAGAGACUAGAAGCAUGGGUCAAGUAGAUAGCAUUGCACUGUAGCGAUGAUGCCUCCGCGGGAGGGGUAGUUGCCAAUGUACUAGCGGUUCUUGGCACAACUGACAUUACUCAAUGUACCUGACGAUCUAUGCUAGACGACGAUGCUCCCGGGUAAACCGCCUGAUUCUCCUGACGACAGUCGAAACAUCCACACUACUCUGUCACCUCAAACAAUCCAUCUGCCUUACCUCCGACCACGCCAAAUGACACUUUCGUCCUUGCAACACCUCGUCAUGGCAUCCACCAAAGAGCUAGAAGACACGUUGCCACUACACGACCCUCAUCCCGAUCCUUUUGGACAUACCCUGGGCAGGCGCUGGCCAAUAUACUCGUUGAUCGCAUACGAUAACAAAAACCUCGCGAAGCUCGAAAGUGAUAUCAACAACGCCGAAGAUAGCAUCCAUAACUCUGUGCUCAUCACUACACCUGACUUUUCCUCCAGCACUCUGCGUGAUGUCUAUGAUCAUCACAUUGCACUCCGCGACAAGAACAACGGGAUUCAUCCGUCCCUAUUUAUCGUGAUAGAUCAGCGAGAUUAUCAAUCAAAAGGCCUUCUUCUUGUCGACCUGCAAGUCAUGACCGACACUUCUCAAACCGUGAUCGGUGUAUUGCGUUGCAGCUACUCAGACGCAGAUCUCUACUGCGCAAACCUCGAUAUCGGAAAUAUGAGUUUCAUCGAUUACAAAGAAGAAGAGCAAGAACUCUGGGGUGGAGAGGAUCCGUAUGAGAAUACGCGGUACUUUGGCAAGGACCCGAAACAGGUGGAAGAUACAGGAAAGCAGCAUUAUGCAUGGUAUAGUAAUGUCGAGAAGCCUGGUCCGAUGCAAGAACUAGCAGAGCCGGGAUGGUUGGAUAUGGCACAUGGAGAAUCGCGCCUUCAUAGCGCAGGUGGAUGGUUUAACGCUGCGGAUCCAUGGCAGAACAUCAGACGUGAAUUUCCUUUUCGUUGUCUUCAGCAGCCUGAAUUGCAUCGAAAGCUCUUUCUUGUGCUUGAAAAGGAUGCAAGGAAGUCUGAUACGAUUGCGAUCUGCAGGGCAGAGUGGGAUGGUGAUCUUAGCAGUUACGAGUAUGAUGUAAGCUCGUACGAUGGACAGAACAGGGAUCGGGGGAGAGUACUCGCGAUUAUGCCGGAGAUAAAAGUGGUGAAAAGGAUUAGCGCUAGGGAGGCACUUGCGGAGUUGGACCAUCUAGCAGCAAUGUAAAUCGUCUACCACUUUAAUUCUCUAGUAAAUCAGGGGGAUAAACUUGGCAUGUUCUUUCCUUCCUUGUGUUCAGCCACUUUCGUACCAGAGUUGUGUUUAGAGACACGACCAGCCAGCAGAAGACCAGCUUUGUAUGAGCCAAGAUCCUGCACCAAUAGACUAGAACCAUCAUCCGAUGAACCGGCAAACCUGAAGGCAUCCCAACAUGAUGGAAUCAAGCCCAUUUGCCUAGUAGAGCCAUAAUACCAGCUCCCAGCAA